GUAUAUUUUUCAAAAGAAAUCAUGAUUUUGAUGAAGCCAAAGAAACAUAAAGAUAAGAAGGAAAAGAAAGAAAAAAAAGAAAGCACGGAAAAUGUUGAAAAUGUAGAAAGAAAGGAAAAUAUUGAUAGACAUGAAGAUAUUGAAAGAACGGAAAAAAGGGAGAGAAAAGAAAGGGUAAAAACCAUCAAGGAUGUCGAGAAGAAGCCCAGUCAGCUGGAGGAUCCCAACAAAUUGCUAACGCCCAGUUGGUUCUGGAACCAAUAUAUUAACCGCCAGAUUGUACCGCCCCCUGUGGCCCAUCCCUUGUUGGAUGUCGCCGAUCCCCAGUUGUCAUCGCCCAUAUCCAAUUGCUCCAAGCUUGAUAUUCAAGAUAAAAGUGGCGUUGCGGCCGUCACUUCGGUUUGUGGGGAAAUGUCACCAUGUCCGCCGCCACCGAUUUUGUAUCCGAAUUACAUGAGUACCGAUUUCGCUGACAUUAUAUCCAUUGCCCGGCAAAGACGUCUCCGAAGUGCGGGCAAAGCCUUUAGUAUCGAGGAUAUUAUGCCCAAAGACGGGAAACCAGAAGAGCUAAAGCCAGAGCCCAAAACUUCGAAGGAAUGGCUCGAGGUUCCGGAUUGUGCACCUCCUGAUGUGGAUCGCAUGCUCACCGAUGGGGUCACCGCCAAUGAUUUCGAGGUCGUUUGGAAAUCGGACAGUCUGGCCAAUAUGAAUCGGCAUUUAUGCUGUGCCGAGAUAAUUCAAAACAAAGCAAAUCGCCAGUUGGCUAUCCAUGAGAUCAUAUGGGAGGCGAUCAAGAACUGCUGGUAUGACGACCUGGAGAUCCAGAUCGAGUCGAAGUUCUACUACGUGGACCGCUAUCUGUUCACCCACUACGCCCGUAACUUUCGCGGCUGUUCGAGCUCCUUUCUGCAAUUCCCAGUGCAAGAGGUGCAGAUGGGCAUGCUGGUGCGCAUCUACGAAUGGAUGCUGGGCGAUGAGUUGGCCUUCCCCAUUGGCAACGAACUGAUACCCUUCUUCUCGGCGGCCAAGUUCCUGGGCGUGAAGACAUUGUUGGAACAGUAUUGGGGCACCUUUUCGAAGCACGGCGAUCGUGGCCUUUGGGAGCUGAACGCCUUUCACACCUUCCUGAUGGCCAGGGAGUUCCAUUGUCAGGAUAUCAUGGCCGUAAUGCUGUCGCGCCUGCGCAAGUGCUUUCUGCCCGUGGUGGCAUCGCGGGAGUUCCUCGAGUUCGAUGUCAACGAGGUGGCCUGUUUGCUGGGCCAGGACAUGUUGUGUGUUAACAGUGAGGAUGAGGUGUUUUUCGCCGCCGUCUAUUGGUUGGAUUUCGCAUGGGCGGAACGCAAGAAACACGCGGUCAAUCUGAUGAGCAAAGUGCGUUUUGGUUUUCUAUCACCCUGGUUACUCCGAUCCAUGGACAAGAAUCCCGAAAACGCUUGCAUCGGCGAAAUUGGCCAGAUGCCAGAGAUUUGUCGCUGGAUGUGGGAUAGCGCCAUGUUCUGUGCUGCGCGCAUGGCUAAUGCGAUGGGGAAAAGGCAUAAGGGAAAGAUCGUUAUGGAUAUGUUGGAGCCGUACCACAACCAAAAGAUCGCCGAACGAUAUUGGACCUUCUGCCCUGGCGUGCCGCACCAUCAUGACCUAAAAUGCCCGCGUUUUCGCGAACUUACCUUCGAGAGCUUCAAAAGAUUCCUACACCGCCUCCAUUCGCAUGGCCAGCAUUUUAUGGACGACCUGCAGUUCGUCCCGAAUAAGAACUACCACAUGUAUCGCUGCUGCGUCGACGCCGAGUACAUUUCCAUUAACGACCGGACUUGUCCCAGACCGGGCUUCUACGAUAUAGAACCUACCUUAUAAUUUGCUAAUAAAGACUCAGA